AUGCAUGCCAUAAAGUAUCGACGAGCUGUGCAACAAGCAAUGACAACCAAUCCGAGGACAACGCAACAAGUCAAACGAGUUCGACAUGUCUCGUUCAACGUGGACCCCGACGAGGAAGAGGCGAGAUCGUUGCGCGGUCAUCUGAGGCGGAAAGACAAGAAGGACCUGAGGCGCCUGCUCCAAGUGUUGCUGUCGAACCCGGCUACAGGGGAAGCCCCCACAAUGACAUUGGAGCAGAGAACUCUGCUGAUGCAAGAUGCCCUGAAAGCCCUCCUGCGCGUAGAUUCCCAUGACGCCUUGAUGAGUCUCUACAAUGGAGAAGGGGUCAUUUUUCGCCAGGAUCACGAAGAGAGCCUUCGUAGCUUUCCAUUCAUCUUGGAUUCCUUCUUGAAUGCGGCCGGGGCAACGACAGGAAGCACACCAUCUGAGGAUUGUACGAGAGUGGGGGAUCGACUGCGAUGGUUUCGACAAACACAAUGCAAUUACGACGACCUGAUCAAGCAGGCAGGUGUCGAGCCCAGCCUAUGGGCCCUCUGUCGCAACACGUGUUUUCGCCUCAAGUUUAGUAGUGGCUGUGUCGUUCUCGUGGCUGAUGAUGAUGAUGCAACUUCUGAUACAUCUUCGGGACAAGUGGAAAGUAAUGAAGGGAUCCAGGGGAGAGAAGAGGAGGAAAGAGAGAAACUGGAACCGAAGAAAAAGACCGAACACGGCACCUCGACCGAAUCUUUUAUGCUUGCAGUACCGAAGCAAGAUGUUGGCACCGAGGGCGAAUCAGCACCGUGCAGUGAUCGCAAGGAUGACAAAACGAAGCGGAUGUUACCACAAGAAACAAAAAAACAGUCACCACCAUCGCCCAAGAGGAGAAAACACUUGACUACUCUAGCUAGUUACCGGAAGCUCGUUCGUGUUUGGCAAAGCAGUUCCUUGCGGCCUCUGGUGCUUUUCCAAAGCAACCUCCAUAAAAGUCACAAAUAA